CAUACCAGCCAACAGCAGGAUGCUGUCAGUUUCUAAGCUUACGUCAUUCUCAAUUGCUCGGUUCACAACUUUGCCCAUACGGACGGUGACGGUGCAUAAGUGACUUUUGCACGAACGUACGCCGGAAAACGUUACCCCUUCCGAGAUCAGCUUUCUUCAGAAUGGCCGAUGAUAAGCAAAAGCGGAUAUCCUAUUGGUACUUCGGCGGUUUGGCCAGUGCUGGAGCGGCGUGCUGUACCCAUCCGCUAGAUUUACUGAAGGUCACCCUGCAAACCCAACAGGAAGGUAAGAUAUCCCUGCUGCAACUGACCGGAAAAGUGAUCCGAACGCAGGGCGUUCUGGCUCUGUAUAAUGGUUUGUCGGCUUCGCUGCUCCGUCAACUGACCUACUCUACCACACGAUUUGGAAUUUACGAAGUCGGCAAGCAGGCCAUGGGAAACGAUUCAGGCUUCUUAGGAAAGGCAGUAUUGGCAGGGGCAGCAGGUGCUGCAGGCGGCUUUGUUGGUACCCCUGCCGAUAUGGUAAACGUUCGCAUGCAAAAUGACAUCAAACUGCCAAUUGACCAGAGGAGAAACUACAAACAUGCAAUCGACGGACUGUUCCGUGUCUUCCGGGAGGAAGGAUUCACACGUCUGUUUUCCGGUGCCUCCACUGCCACAUCCCGUGCCGUAUUUAUGACCAUCGGACAGCUAUCUUUCUACGAUCUGGUUAAAGAUCUCCUUCUGAACUCAGGACACUUCGGUGACAACUUAACUACUCAUUUCUUAUCGUCGCUGACAGCCGGUGCCAUUGCGACCACUAUGACGCAACCGCUGGAUGUGCUGAAAACCCGCGCAAUGAACGCCAAACCGGGCGAGUUUGCGAAUGUUUGGGAAAUCGUUAAGUACACCGCUCGGCUAGGGCCGCUAGGGUUCUUCAAGGGGUACGUGCCAGCUUUCGUUCGACUGGGGCCGCAUACUAUUCUGACGUUCGUAUUCCUUGAACAACUGCGCAUGAACUUCGGUUAUUUGAAACCGGAGAAGAAGUAGCUUCGGAGACAUGGAAACGGGCCUACGGGUUAAACAUUGUGGGUGUAUUGGUGUACUGUUGUGUUUUCAAAAGUGACUCACACUGCUUGCAUGAAGAUAUUAAACUACGGGUUCUCAAUCUAUGUUGCUGUACAGUUGCAAAAGAUUUAAUAUUUGCAUUUUUGUUGUUUCUUAUCCGUUUACUAAAUGGAAUUAUUAGCUGGAGGCUAAAACUUAAAACUUGCCUAGUUAAAGGUACUCUAAAAGAGAAAAAAAAACGAGAAUCAACGAAUAGGAACAAACAUUCCACUGACGCUAGCCUCAUUAUAAGUAAAGAAAAGUUAUAAUUUUAUUUUAUCUGUUUAUUGUGAAUUUCAAAAUGUACUACAAUCUGAGAACUAAUAAAAUAGAAACCAGGAAUUUGUGAUAGAAUACCUGCUGCUUGUUGGUUAAAAACUGAUUCUGGAAAAGAUUUUUAAAAGAAAUAAUUAUAUAUGUAUCUAUGUAUGUGUAUAAACAAUCCAUGUCACCUUGACCGGCCAAGC